AUGGCAUCAAAAAUACCGGGCCAAGCUUUCACUGCAAUCUCGCGGCCAGGGCGGUGGCGUGCUUCAUCCGCUGUUCUGUCAAUUUCCUCACGAUCCACUCCCUCUUAUAUUCGAAGACAUGCUCUCUCCUCUGCUGCUGGCCCAGAGGGUUCAGAAACACCUACAAUAGCCCGAUGGAAAGUGACCCCGCCGGCAAUGAAGGCGCCGGUACGGUUGCGUGGGAGUCCGGAUGUACCGGAGUUUCCCGUCAAUUCAGACCCGAACAUUCUUGAUCAGUUCUACCUUCGAAUGCUAGGGCCCGGCGGUGACAAGAUGCUCACGGAGGAGGUCAAAUGGCAAACCGUUACGCACAAAAGCUUUGAUCAAGGACGAAGAGGUUUCAACGAGAGAUUGUCUUACCUGGGCAAGCAAAUUGUACAGCUCCAGGCUUCACUCUCCCUGUUGGAAAGCUCGUCCAAUGCUUCCCCGGAAAAGUUGGAAGAUCCAUAUGGUCGGACGGCGUUCGAACAUCCGUCUUUGCAAGGGUUGGACAUUCUCACCGAAGACAACAAGAAUAUGAGGGUAAACCGAACGAAACUGGCAGAGCUCGCCCAGCAAUAUAAGCUACAGGAAGUCCUGAGAUGGGUACCGAGAUAUCGCAAUGAUCUUGCGGCAUCCGGAUUAGAAGUCGUUUUGACCCAGGCGAUUUACGCGGUGGUUGGCGCCGUUGCGCUGGAGAAAGGGGGUGCGGUUGCGAACCAGGUAGCUAGGGAUUCUAUACUGAAGCCGCUGGGGUUUGACGUCGGCAUGCCACGAGAGACUCUAUAG